AUAAUAAGCUCCCGAUAUCUCUGGGUGUAUUCAAGUUAAUACAGCGAUAUAUAUUGUGAAUAAUUUUACUUGUGUGUGUUUUAGUAAUAAGUUGUUAUUGGCGAUCGUAACCAUGGCAGUUCAAACAUUUGAAUUACUUGGCAAAUUUAAAAUACCGGCAGUUGGAUUUGGAACUUUCACAGCUACAGAUGAAAAAGAACUAGAAGCUGCGUUAGAUGCAGCUUUCGAAGCUGGUUAUAGACAUAUAGACACAGCCACGAUUUAUGCAAAUGAACAUAUCAUUGGAAAGGUCUUGCAAAAAUGGUUUCAUUCAGGAAAAUUAUCCAGGAAGGACAUAUUUAUCACCACAAAGUUGCCCCCAAAUGGGGUACAUCCCGACAGGGCUGAAAAAUUUCUGUUAGAGUCUUUGGAAAAACUACAGCUAGACUACGUAGACUUAUACUUGAUACAUUUUCCCAUUUGUACGUCAGCAAGUUUAUUGCAAAGCGGAGCCAAACCUGAGCAUACAGAUCUUGUAGCAACUUGGAAAAAACUAGAAGAACAAGUUGAUCUGGGCAGAGCCAAAGCUAUUGGUGUUUCUAAUUUUAAUAUUAAUCAAGUGCAGAGAAUUUUGGAUAAUGCAAGAAUAAAACCAGCGGCGAAUCAAAUUGAACUACACAUCUUUUUUCAACAACCUGAAUUGGUGAAUUUUUUGCAACAAAAUAGAGUUUUGCCUAUUUCCUAUUCAACCUUGGGUAAUCCAGGAAUCAACAAGUUUUUAGAAAAAGUUGGAAGGCCGCUUCGAACCAAUGCCCUAGAUCUUCUAGGCAACGCCACAGUAAAAACCAUUGCCGAAAAACAUGACAAAACCUCUGGACAAAUAUUACUGAAAUACUGGGUCCAGAAAAAGGUAGCUGUUAUUCCAAAAAGCGUCACUCCAAGCAGAAUUAAGGAGAAUAUCGAUCUGUUUGAUUUUUCCCUGGAUGAAAAUGAUUUAAAAAGUUUGGAAAGUUUGAACUUGGGCGAGGAGGGUAGACAAGCCAUUAUGUCAUUCUCCAAAGAGUUUUUAGACCAUCCAGAGUACCCAUUUCCAAGAAGACCCCUGUAAUCAUAAAUUAGAAUAAGAAACUAACAUCAAUAUCUAAAGAACUUUUUUAAAAAAAUAAAGUAUUUAAACAUUA